GGCACACCGGAGCCAGAGACCAGAGACUGGGACCACUACAGCCACAGACAGAGCACCAUCACCCCGCAGCAUCAUGUCUCUGUACCGCAACUUCGCCUGGUUCGUCAAGGGGCUCACCGAGUUCACCAAGAGUCCAUUCCUGGCUGCAUCGAAGCAGUUUGUGGAGAAGGACCUGGAGGUGUCUCUGGCUGGACGCGUGUUCAUGAUCACCGGAGCCAACAGCGGCAUUGGGAAGGCUACUGCAAUGGGUAUCGCUAAGAGAGGGGGCACGGUCCACAUGGUCUGCAGAAAUAAGGACAAGGCUGAGGAAGCCCGAGCCGACAUAGUGAAGGAAACGGGAAACAAAGAGAUAUACGUGCACAUCCUGGAUCUAUCUGAGACUAAGAAAGUAUGGGAGUUCGCAGAGAGCUUCAAAAGGAAAUACAAGACGCUCAAUGUCCUGAUCAACAACGCCGGCGCCAUUAUGAGUCAGAGGGAAGUGAACGCAGAGGGGCUGGAGAAGAGCUUCGCCACCAACGUCCUGGGGGUCUACAUUCUCACCAAGUGCCUCAUUCCUCUGAUAGAGAAGAGCGCAGAUCCCCGAGUGAUUACUGUGUCCUCUGGGGGGAUGCUGGUGCAGAAGCUGAGGAUAGGAAACCUCCAGUCUGACAGGGGGCGCUAUGACGGCACCAUGGUCUACGCCCAGCACAAGUGUGCUUCUGUUUUCCAGAGGCAGCAGGUGGUCCUGACGGAGCAGUGGGCCAAAGCUCAUCCAAACAUCCACUUCUCUGUGAUGCACCCAGGCUGGGUCGACACGCCAACUGUGGCCAACGCGAUGCCAGACUUCCACCGCUCGAUGAGGAGCAGCCUGAGGAGCCCAGAGCAAGGGGCUGACACCGUGCUGUGGCUCGCUGUGUCUGAGGCGGCAGCUAAGAACCCCAACGGACGAUUCUACCAAGACCGUGCGAUGGUGCCCGCCCACCUGCCCCUGGCCUGGACCCACAGCUCUCCUCUGGAGGAGCAGAAGCUGGUGGCUCUGCUCGAUGACAUGGCCAAAACCUUCCAGCCGCACUGAGACCAAGAGACUUAAAGAGGGGGUAUUAUGCAAAAUGUAAUGCUUUCUAAGCUAUAACUAAGUUAUAACAUCGUUCCCUCAUCAAAAACAUGCCUGAAGUGGUUUUAUAUGUCAUCCAUGCAUGCGUGUUUGAGUAAUUUAGCAAUCUCUCCCCAUCCCUAUUCAAACCCUCCUUAUUUUUUAGCAGUACAAGCUUGUCCAAAGCUCAGCCCGCAAGCCCUCAGAGCAUCAAAAACAAAACUGAAACUUACUAAACGUGUUAAUUUAAAUUUUUUCAGUGAAUAUAUUUUUUUCAAAACAAUAAUAGCUAACAUGGUGCUCUAAAUCUGUAAUGUAAAACCCCACAGAAGUGUAAUACCCUCUCUUUAAACUAACACAGCCGCACAUGUGAUGAUGGCCUUCAACAUAGUGCAGGUGGUUGGGAAGUACCAUUAUUAAAUUACAUUAAAGGCAUAACUAAAGCUGGUAGGACUGUUGUUAAAUGAGUUUAGUCCUUGUCUCACCUCUGGUUCUGCUUGUCCCUC